UUCACUCCUAUGGCCCCUAUCGAACUUGCAGCAUGUGGCAGAUUUCAAAUCCGAAGAGUAACAGGCCAUUACAGAAGAUGGGCUGGCUCGUUGCUUCCACCAAGUCCAAGCUUAGUACGAGUAAAUGAUGGGUGUAAAAUAUAUUCAAAUUCACAAACAAAAGGACAAUUAGGCAUGACAAACACCAAAAUAUUGGUGUGGGUGGCCAGGAGGAUCACCACAGAAGGUUGAAGUACUGAAAGAGACAUUUUUGAGGAUGUGCUGAUUCCUGCUUCACCUAGCAAAAGAGACAAACAGAUCCAACUCAAAAUGUCCAUUUAUAUUAUAUUUAAUCUCAACUAAUAUUAUUUGAUACAAUGAUGUUAUUAUCAAAGAAUUCUAAUCCCAUUCUCACUCAUGUCAUUAGAGGGACCAUUGUCUUUGUUAGGGUUGGUAUGAAAUUUCUUCCUCUUUUUGUCUGCUACCCAAACCUCAUCUUCUCUUAGCAUAUAUCCUCAGCUCUGAGUCUUCCCAACGUAGGAUAGAGCUGAAACUUUCAAGCAUGUCGAAUUUGUUUCAGGGCUUUGCAGAAGUCGAACAAUUGCAGAGCACCAUCAUUCAACAGUCUUCUAAUAGAAGUCCUAAUCCCAGUGAAAACGGAGCUGAUGGUCCCACUCCCAUCACCACAGCAUUAAAGAAGAAAAGAAAUCUUCCAGGGAAUCCAGACCCAGAUGCAGAGGUUGUAGCAUUGUCACCAAGGACUCUGAUGGCAACAAAUAGGUACAUUUGUGAGGUGUGUCACAAGGGAUUCCAGAGAGAUCAAAACCUUCAGCACCAUAGAAGAGGGCACAACUUGCCAUGGAAGCUAAAGCAAAGGUCAAACACAGAGGUUAAGAAGAGGGUGUAUGUGUGUCCGGAGCCCAACUGCGUGCAUCAUGACCCAAGCCGGGCUCUUGGUGACUUGACUGGAAUAAAGAAGCACUUCUGCAGAAAGCACGGAGAGAAGCGAUGGAAGUGUGACAAGUGCUCGAAACGUUAUGCCGUUCAAUCAGACUGGAAGGCACAUACAAAGAUAUGUGGAACCAGAGAAUAUCGCUGUGAUUGUGGUACAAUCUUCUCUAGGAAGGACAGUUUCGUAACACAUAGAGCUUUCUGUGAUGCAUCGGCGGCGGAAAAUUAUAAGGCAAACCAGCAAAUUGCUGCCGCAGGAGGAAUGCCACGCAACCAGGCUCAAGUGCUGUUCUCUUCUCCGAUGCCCACUUCGGAAUCGAGCUCUGGUGCAAACAUGUCGAUGAAUUUGUCAGUUUCCAACGAGAAUAUUGACAAUAUAACAAGGCCGGCAUCUCUGAAUUCACCUGGGCUUACCAUAUCAAAUAACUUAAAUCAGAUUUUCAAUCCAACAACUUCACAGGAAUGUUUUGGCUCAGGAAUUGGAUCGAAUAAUUCUCCCAUGGGUAUUGGCUCCACUUACACAUCCGCAACUGCCUUGUUGCAAAAAGCUACUGAAAUGGGUGCUAAGAUAAGUGACAAUUCUAUCGCCCCAGUUCUUUUCAGAGGAUUUACCGGAUACUCUGUUGGCAGUACGAACUCAUCUGGGUCGGUCCAGGAGACUUCUUCAGUAAUUAGUUGCAGUAUGGGACCAGUUUCUGCAACAGCAAAUGGUUUAUAUGUGGGAAAUCAAGAAACAUUUAACAAGGACUUGGAUGCAGUUGAUGUAACACCUAGCUAUGCUGUUUCUCACAGUGGGUUAUUCGACUCUUCUUUGUUUAUGCAGAUGAAAAAUCAAAACCCUGCAGACCGGUUGGAAGGAGAACUAUUCAUGGGAGAUGGUGAGAAAAUGACAGUUGACUUCUUAGGGGUGGAGCCUACUGCAUAUCCAAGUAAUGGGAAGAAAAGAAGCUAUGAUGGUAACUUUAUGGGUUUGGAGUAUUCAAACACACAGCAAAACCUUUAAGCCUGCACAAAUUGCGUUUAGAAUGGCAAAAUCAUCCCAACCAGAUAACUUGUGCUCCAUAUUUUGAAUCUGUUCUAGUUGCUGCAUGUUCUUUCCCUCCUCCCCCAAACCCACC